AUGUCUGCAUAUUGUCAAAAAUUAAAGGUUCUCGCAGAUCAACUGGCCAAUGUUGGCUCCCCGGUUGACAACGAACGUUUAGUCCUACAAUUGCUCUCCGGGCUCAAUGUACAGUAUGAAGGUAUUGCCACUAUCAUUCAACAACAAGAUCCGCUACCGACUUUUUAUGACGCCCGUUCCAAGUUGAUUAUGGUUGAAAGUCGCAAAGCCGAACAAGCUCUCCACACGGCUCAAGCCGCAGGCACCGCUCUCAACAUGAACGCCUCUCGCCCCUCACCGAAUACUCACGUUACACCUGAUAGUCGGUCCACUGUUACUCCUGAAUACCGAACUGACGGUUCGGAUCGGAACCGGGGACGAGGCCGGUCACGCGGCAGGGGCCGUGGGCGUGGCUACUAG